AUGGCCCUCGUGCAUCACAUAUUUCUUCUCUUUUUUCUUCUCUUCCUUUAUGGGACAAAUCUGGCGAUUUCAUCUUGUGUCACAGGAUGCUCCUGUUCCAAUGAUAACUUUGGAAGGAGUUUGCUUUGCAUGUCUACAUCUUUGAGAAAGAUCCCAGCAGACAUCCCUCAAGAUAUCAAAAAAAUUAGAAUAGAAAACUCUCACCUAACAGAACUGCCUCGUGGGUCAUUUGUUAAUGUUAGUGCCUUGCAAUAUCUUUGGCUUAACUUUAAUAACAUCACAGUCAUGCAUCUAAAAAGCCUGGAGUACCUGAAGAAUUUGACUGAGCUGAGAUUGCAGGGGAACAAGUUGAGUUCAGUACCAUGGACAGCAUUCCAAGACACCCAGGCUUUAAAAAUACUGGAUCUAAAGCACAACAGGCUUGAUGUCCUUCCGGAACAUGCCCUCCGCUAUCUGCCUAACCUGACCUACUUAGACUUAUCUUCCAAUCAGCUUACUGUCAUCUCCAAGGAUGUUUUCUAUAACUGGCCUGUGUACCAAAAAACCCAGCAGCUGGAGAAGAAGGUGGAAGCUAUUUCCAACGCAGUCUUGGCCUUGCACGAUAACCCUUGGAUAUGUGACUGUCGCCUGCGUGGGUUUGUCCACUUCAUCAAAUCAAUCAGCCCACCAAUCAUUCUGAUGAAUUCCUAUUUAACUUGUUCAAGUCCCAAAUUUAGGGCAGGCAAAUAUUUCCAUGAAGUGGAGUUGAAUAGCUGCACAAAGCCCUUAGUAUCUCUCCUUGAGUCAAAUGUGACCGUGCUAGUUGGACUCAAUGCUACUUUGACUUGUUUGGUGCAGGCCAGUCCUUCCCCAGUAGUCUGGUGGACCUACACGCUAAAACACCUACGAGGAUUUAAUG